AACCUGACUAUGUGAAUCAUAACCUGUCAGUGACCUGCAAAUGCAUGCACAUGUUAUACGUUCACGUGUAUAUUUAUUAUUUCUUCAUGGUUAUGUUCCACAAGAAUUCAUAAUCUUCUUAAUGGCAAUUUGAAAUAGAUUUCAAUUUUAAAAGUUAAUGAAAUUUUGCUAGCUAUGGAGAAAUCAAUUACAAAAACUGCAAGCAAACAAGAAAUUUGUCCAAAGCAUUUAAAACUUAUUGAGGCAGUUUCAGAUCUUGAUGGAAAGCAAAGAAUAAAAGAAUCAAAGUGCAGUGAACCCAGCUUAGAAAUAUCAGAAUUUCAUUUAGUUAAAAGUGGAAUUAGUGAUAAGAAUAAAAUAGAAAUCUCUGAUUUCGCAAAAAACUCAUGUCGAAAAGGUCAACAAUUAAAAAUUGCUAAGGUUUUUAAUGCAUCCAAAAAUCGUGAAGUUUUGCCAAAACUUUUAGAAAAACCUGUUAUAGAAAAGAUAAAACGCAGUGUUGGUUAUGAACAUUUAAAAAAAGAUCUUCAAAAAUGGAAUUCUGUGAUUGCACAACAAAGAACUGCAGAAAAUGUUUCCUUUCCAUUGAAUCAUCCGCCGAUGAAAUCAGAACCAACAGGUGAUUUUGUAAACAAAUUUCGAAUUCAAUCAGACUUAGAAAAGGAAUUAUCAUUAAUAGAACCAAGUUCAGUAAAUGUACAAAAAGAAAAUGUUUUGCAAUUGUCGUUGGAAGAAAUUUUGCAACGUAGAUCAGAAACUGCUAAAUUUAGAGCUGAACAGUCGUACAAAAUAUCAAAGGCCAAUCGACGGAAGAAAAUUAAAAGUAAGAAGUAUCACCGUAUUGAAAGGAAAAAGAAAUUAAAAGAUCAAUUAAAAGAAUUGGAACAGUUAAAAAAAACUGAUUCAUCUGCUGCUCUAGAAAAACUAAAAUAUUUGGAAAAAGUUAGGUCAGAAGAGCGAAUGACAUUAAGACAUAAGAAUACCGGUCAUUGGGCAAAAAACAAAUUGAUACGAGCAAAAUAUGACAAAGAGAGUCGACAAGAAUUAUCUAGACAGCUGUCAAUUGGUCGAAAUAUAACUCAGAAAACAGUAGUUAAUGAAGAUACUGAUGAUGUUAGUAAAGACACGAUUUCUGGGUUAAUUCCUUCAAGUUUUUCGCAAAAUCCAUGGAUUAAUAAUGUGAAGUCAGAAUCUGAAGUAGAUGAAUUUAUAAGUCAAUAUCGUAAAUAUUGGGAUAAUGAACAGAAGAGUAAAUUAAAAACAAAUGAAGUACUGCCUUUUGAAAUAGAUGAAAAUAAAUUACAAAAUACUUCUAAAAAUAAAGUUGGAGAUAAGUCUGUUACUCCUAAUAAAGUUCAUCAAAAGUCAAGUGUUGGAAUGGAAACUAGCGCAUCGUUAAAAUUGAAUAAAUGUUUAACUUCUCAAGACAGCAGUGUAAUCGGAACAUCCAAAUGGACAGUUACCAACUGUGAUCAUCUAGGAGCCAAUUCAACAGAUAGUUGUGGAAAAAGAGAUGUUGACAAUUUGGUUUCUUUAAGAGAUAAUGAAAUAAGAGUUAAGGACAACAAAACGAAACGUAUGAAACGAAAAUGUAAUAAAGACACUGUUAAAAAUGUAGAUAGUGAAAAUAAAAAAGAGGAUAAUAUACGAACUAAUAGUGAAAAUAUGCCUAAAGAAAAGAAAACAAAAUAUUUAAAGUCACAUUUACCUGAUGAAAAUGCGGUACAAUGUGAUGUAUUAUGUGAUAACGAUGGCGAUAAACAAGAAAAUGGUUACCAAUUAUUAUAUGAGGCAUUUUCUGACGAGGAGUUAGUUGAAGACUUUAGAAAGGAAAAAGAGGAAGAGGUAAAUGUGAAUAAAUCUGAAGAUGUAAACCUAAUAUUACCAGGUUGGGGUAGAUGGGGUGGUACAAACAUUAAAGAGCCCACUAGGCGUAAAAGAAAAUUUAUAGUGGAGUUUCCCAAGAAUACUGUUCGUAAAGAUGAAAAUAAAGGAAAUGUUAUCAUUAAUGAAGAAAGUAAUAGUUCUAUUAAAAAACAUCAAGUCUCAGAAUUACCAUUUCCUUUCAAAAAUGUUAAGGAUUAUGAAGCCAGUAUGCGAGCUCCUGUUGGAAGAAAUUUCGUGCCAGAGAAAAUCCACAACAAAUUAAUAAUACCCUCAUUAAGAACUAAAAUGGGUAAAGUUAUUGAGCCAAUGGACGAAUAUUCUUUAUUAAAUAUCCAAAAUUUAAAGGAAAAAAAAAUGGAAAUUAAUAUAGAAUCUUCUAAAUCAAUGAAUGACAAUUAAGUAAUUGUUUCAUCCUCGGUAAUAAUACUAAUCAUAAAAUUAUGAUAAAUUUAAUAAUAAAGUAUCGAAAAUUUA